GUAGGCGUAGAGAGAUGAACACGGAUAUAGCGGCUGCGGUGAAGCCGGAGUACCCGGUGGUCGACCGGAACCCUCCCUUCACCAAGACCGUGGCCAACUUCAACACCCUCGACUACCUCCGCCUUCUCACCAUAACUGGAGUCUCCGUCACCGUCGGCUACCUCUCCGGGAUCAAACCCAACGUCCGAGGCCCGUCCACGGUGACUGGCGGCCUCAUUGGCGUCUUGGGAGGCUUUAUGUACGCUUACCAGAAUUCUGCCGGCCGCCUCAUGGGUUUCUUCCCCAACGAUGACGAGGUGGCUCGCUACAAGUAGUCUGACUGUCACUGUCACCCCUUCUUUUUCGCUCUUCUUUUUGCAAUAAUUUCCUAUAAGAAGUAGGUUUUAUCAUUGAUGGUUACUUGUGCUUUUGUUUACAGACGCCUGUUGUUUUCUGUGGUAUAAGUGCCUUAAUGUUUAGCAAUUAUAGUUGUUGGUCAUGUCCUGUGAAUGUGAUACUUUUGGAUUCGUACUGGUGCAGAGAAGUUUGGAGUCGAAUGAAUAAACUUAUUUUUUCUGAUAAAUGAAAAUGCAUAAAUUGUUGAUCGA